AUGCCGGCAGCAAUGACGGCUGCUGUGUCGCUGGUGGGAAGCCAAGGCGUUUUCUCAGCCACCGAGGUCUUCCUUGCGGCUGCCGUCUUCUGCCUGGUCUUCCUGCUCAUCCAGUCCCUCCGGCAGCACGUGCCCCAGGGGCUGAAGAGCCCCCCAGGACCCAGAGGCUACCCCAUCCUCGGCAACGUGCUGGAGCUGAGGAAGGACACGCACCUGGCCCUGACCAGGCUCAGCCAGAAGUAUGGGGACGUGAUGGAGGUCAGGAUCGGCACCCGGCCCGUCCUGGUGCUGAGCGGGCUGGACACCAUCAAGCAAGCCCUGGUGAAGCAAGGAGAAGACUUCAUGGGGCGCCCUGACCUCCACAGCUUCCGCCAUGUUGCGGAUGGCCAGAGCCUGACCUUCAGCCCCGACUCAGGGGAGGUGUGGAAAGCCCGCAGAAAGCUGGCCCAGAACGCCCUGAAGACCUUCUCCAUCGCCUCCAGCCCCACCUCCUCUUCCACCUGCCUCCUGGAGGAGCACGUCUCCAAGGAGGCCGACUACCUGGUCACCAAGUUGCUGCAGCUGAUGGAUGAGCAGAAGAGCUUUGACCCUUACCGGUACCUGGUGGUCUCUGUGGCCAACGUCAUCUGCGCCAUCUGCUUUGGCAAGCGUUACGACCACAAUGACCAAGAGCUGCUCAAUAUAGUGAAUGUAAGUGAACAGUUUGGCAAUGUGGCUGCUGCUGGCAACCCUGCUGACUUCGUCCCUGUGCUCCAGUAUCUUCCCAGCCGCACCAUGAAUUUAUUUAAAGAUUUCAACAAGCGAUUCCUCCAUUUCCUGCAGAAGAUUGUCAGGGAGCACUACGAGACCUAUGACAAGAACAACAUCCGAGACAUCACUGACUCCUUCAUUGAGCAGUGCCUGGAGAAAAAAGUGGAAGCAAAUGGUGCCACGCAGAUCCCUAAGGAGAAGAUCAUCAAUCUUGUGAAUGACCUCUUCGGAGCAGGCUUUGACACUGUGACAACUGGCCUGUCCUGGAGCCUCAUGUAUCUCGUGACGUACCCCGACAUCCAGAAGAGGAUCCAGAAAGAGCUAGACCAGGUCAUCGGCCAGGGGAGGAGACCGAGGCUGUCGGACCGGGGCACGCUGCCCUACACAGAAGCCUUUAUCCUGGAGAUGUUCAGGCACUCCUCCUUCAUGCCCUUCACCAUCCUGCACAGCACGACCAGGGACACGGUGCUGAACGGCUACUACAUCCCAAAGGACCGCUGCGUGUUUGUCAAUCAGUGGCAAGUGAAUCAUGAUGAGAAACUUUGGAAGGAUCCGCUGACCUUCAACCCGGAGCGUUUCCUCAGUGCUGAAGGGACCGAAGUGAACAAAGUGGAUGGGGAGAAGGUGCUGAUUUUCGGCCUGGGGAAAAGGAAGUGCAUUGGGGAACCCAUUGCCAGGUGGCAGGUCUUCCUUUUCCUGUCCACCUUGCUCCAGCAGCUGGAGUUCAGUGUCUGCGAUGGCAAGAAGGUGGACAUGACGCCACUCUAUGGACUGACCCUGAAGCACAAAAGAUGUGAGCACUUCCAGGUCAAGCAGCGCUUCCCCAUGAAGAUCAUGAACUGA